AUGGCCGGCUACACUGUGCCUCUUGUUCUGGAUAACAGAGAUGUCAUCACGCCCGCCACCUUCACCGUGAACAGUCCGGUCAACGCGAAGCCACUCCACCAGUGCAGCAGCGCUUCGACUGAUGAUGCCACCCGCGCCGUGGAUUCCGCCCAUGCCGCCUUCAAGAGCUGGUCCGCGACCAAGCCCGCCGUGCGCCAACAUAUCAUACUGAGGGUGGCAGAGAUAUAUCGCCGCCGCAAGGAUGAGCUACUUGGCUACUGUACUGAAGAGACUGGCGCAUCAGGGCCAUUUCCUGACCUCACCUUCGAUGUAGGCUAUCAGUCAAUAAUGGAUAUUGCUGGGAGGGCAGCCAAUAUAGAAGGUGUGGUGCCUCAGACGCUGGAUGAUGGCCAGAGCGCAAUUAUUUACAAAGUUCCUUAUGGUGUGGUGCUCAGCAUUGUUCCCUGGAAUGCCCCAUUUCCCUUGGGCCUCCGUGCCAUUCUCCUUCCGCUGAUGGCGGGUAAUACAGUGGUGCUGAAGGCGUCAGAGCUUUCACCAAAGACGUACUGGGGUAUUGCAGAUGUGUUUCGAGAGGCCGGCUUGCCCGAUGGCUGUCUUAACGUGAUCUACCACCAGCCUGCAGAUGCUGCCGAGGUUACAACUGCCUUGAUCGCGCACCCGGCUGUGCGCAAAGUUACUUUUACAGGAAGCACGAACGUGGGCAGCAUUGUCGCAGCAACUGCGGGCAAGUAUAUCAAGCCGGUUUUAUUGGAGCUAGGAGGGAAGGCAAGCUCGAUUGUGCUUGAUGAUGCGGAGCUUGACAAAGCAGCACUACAGUGCGUCCUUGGCGCGUUUUUGAAUUCUGGUCAAAUUUGCAUGUCCACUGAGCGGAUAAUUGUCCAACGAAGCGUCGCGGAGAAAUUUCGUUCCUUCUUAGUGGACACGAUGAAGUCGAUGUACCAUGAUAACGUUCCAUCCCCGGUGCUUGUCAGUGCCGCUCCUGUAGCGAAGAAUAAGAAGCUCGUUUCAGACGCAUUGGCCCAGGGGGCUGGUCUUGUGCAUGGGGACCCUCAUAAAGUCGAGUCGACAGAUACCCGAAUGCGGCCUAUUAUUGUUGAGAACGUCACACCAGAGAUGGACAUUCAUAGUACAGAGUCAUUUGGCCCUACUGUCACACUCUUUGUCGUGGAUACGGAGGACGAAGCCAUCGAGCUUGCCAAUGACGUCGAAUAUGGCCUUUCUGCGGCCGUGUUUACAUCAAAUUUAGGCAGAGGAUUACGAGUAGCGAAGCAGAUUGAAUCAGGUUCCGUACACAUCAACUCGCUCACCGUUCACGACGAGCCCAGCCUCCCGCACGGCGGUGUUAAGAGAAGCGGGUUCGGCCGUUUCGGCGGUACGAGCGGGUUAAACGAGUUUUUGACCACAAAAACUGUUACCUGGAUGGAUAAUUAG